AAAACAGAGCCCAAGAAAGGGUCUGCCAUCCAACAAAAUUGGCCCUUGCCCUCGUAGCCAUAGGCCCGUACGGUUCUCUCUUUCUACUUUCUACUUUCUAGAUUCUGUUUUUAAAACCCCAACGAAAAAACUCCCUCCCUCUCUUAACUCCUGGAACCUUCCAAUCUAAAAAAUUAGGGCUUUUGUAGGGUUUAAGCCCCCAUCCCUAAAAUCCCUAAACCGAAAAAGAACCAAAUUGCCAGAAAGAUCAAGACUUUUCAAACCCUACAGAAGAACCCACCAAAUGGUUCGGUCUCAUAGCGCCAGGCUUGUUGGUUGGCUCGCUCGCCCUUCUCUCUCCCUUAACCUCCUCCAAGAAUCUGCUAAUUCCGUACACAAGAGUGUAUUGAAUGGGAGUUAUAGAAGAUUAAGUACUACCACUGGGGUUUGUAAUCCUGUUAGGUUUAUUGGCAAUUACUCUCCUAAAAAUGUUAACCAAACAAAUUGGUUGCAAUUGGGAGCUUUAAAUGCGAAAUUUGGUGCUACGAGGUCGAUUCAUGGCUCUGUUCAUAUGUCGAGAGAAUAUUAUGAUGUACUUGGUGUUGGCAAGAAUGCUAGUGCAUCUGAUAUAAAGAAAGCUUAUUAUGGGCUGGCAAAGAAGCUCCAUCCUGAUACAAACAAAGACGAUCCUGAAGCCGAAAAGAAGUUUCAAGAAGUUUCAAAGGCCUAUGAGGUUUUGAAAGAUGACCAAAAGCGGGAACAAUAUGAUCAGCUAGGCCAUGACGCAUUUGAAAACCAAGAUAACUAUCAGCCUGGUGGACCAGGAUUUGAGAGUCCAUUUGGGGACUUCAGAAUGGAAGAUAUAUUCAGCAAUGUAUUUAGACAGAAUGUCGCUGGCCAAGAUGUCAAGGUUUCUGUUGAACUUUCCUUCAUGGAAGCUGUUCAGGGAUGCACCAAAACUAUCACAUUUCAGACCGAUGUGCCUUGUGAAACUUGUGGUGGAGAAGGUGUUCCUCCUGGAGUGAAACCUCAAAUGUGUAAACGCUGUAAAGGCAGAGGGAUGAUAUCUAUGCAAAAAGGGUUUUUCAGUUUUCAGCAGACAUGUGAUCAAUGUGGUGGAACUGGGCAAACUUUUUCGAGCUUUUGCAGGUCUUGCCAUGGACACACAGUAGUGAGAGGAUCAAAGACAAUUUCGUUGAACAUUCCAACGGGAGUGGAUGACAAUGAGACUAUGAAGAUCCAUAAAAGUGGUGGAGCAGACCCAGAGAAAAAUCAACCUGGUGAUCUCUAUGUGACAAUCAAGGUCCGGGAAGACCCUGUUUUCCGCAGAGAAGGCUCUAACAUUCAUGUUGAUGCUGUUUUGGGCAUUACUCAGGCAAUUUUGGGGGGAACCAUCCAGGUUCCAACUCUCACAGGAGAUGUUGUACUUAAGGUCCGCCCUGGCACCCAACCUGGUCAGAAGGUGGUUCUGAAGAAUAAAGGGAUAAAAGGACGGGGCUCGUAUUCAUUUGGUGAUGAGUUUGUGCAUUUCAAUGUCAGCAUUCCAUCAAAUUUGACCCCAAGACAGCGUGAAUUGAUUGAGGAGUUUGCCAAAGAAGAACAUGGUGAAUACGAAAAACGUGUUGUUGGAGCAUCUGGGUGAGACCAGGGUAAUAUUUUCUUCUGCUCAUCAUCCCAUUUUAUUGCUUAGAAGAUUAUGCAACACAAGAGAAUGAUAAAGGACAGGAAAAAAGUCAAUGGUAAUAACCAUCCUGUUUCAGAAGUUUUGUAGGAGAAAAGUUGAGAUGUAUCUGACUUUCUAUUUAUUUUGCAUGGUGUGUUUCCCCCCAACAAAUCACCAUCCCCAUUUGAUACAAAAUGGUAGCCUUCCAUUGGAUAGCUUGACUUUGUACAUAUAUUAUAUUUUGUAGUUUGUACCACAAUGAUUGUUGCCCCCUCUUGUUUUUUGGAUGAAUUACAAGAAUGAUUGUGAAGCUGGUGCGUGCAUCUAUGCAUUCGGCAUACAAUUGAAGAGGUGUCAAGUUUAUAAAUAUUUAAAUUUCUUUCU